AGAGAGAGAGAGAGAGAGACCGGCGCAGUUUCUUGUUUCUGACGUGACGCUGACCGGGUUCAGUUAUUCGUUUCUCUUUCGUCUCACUUAUGGGAUCAACACCGACCAGUGUAACCCAGCAGAAGUUGAGCAAACUGAAUGUAGCACGCCAGAUGUUGCUUCAGCGGUACCAGCACCAGCCCUUUGUCUGCUGUUUAGCUGGACUCUACGGCUGCCAGUGGAGAAGUUACCAGCACACACUAACUCAACCUGGACACUGCUGCCGCUCUAAGUGGGAAUGUGGCAGUUUUGCUCUGAUCGUUCUGACCUUUUGUCUCAGUCUGAUUUUCCUGUACUUCUGGAGUGAAGCGCAAAAUGACUACAACGACUUUGACUGGUUUAAUUUUGGAAAUCUGGGCUUCUGGUUUCCAUGGUCUUUAGUUUUGUUGAUUCUUGCUGUUUUUCUGUUCACGUAUGUUGCUGUUCUGCUGCUGCUUGCGGUUUGUCUUCUCUCAGAAGGCCAGAGGUUAUAUUUACACUGGUGUCACAAGAUUGGGAUUUUGGUGACUUUGAUUCUGUCCAUUGUGGCCUCAUCUGUUCUUUCAGAUUUAUGGGGCAGGGAAUGGAUGACUGUACUUUUAUCUUUUCAGGUAACUGCUCCAUAUCUACACAUAGGUGGUGUAGUUUUAAUGACUCUAUUAUCCUGGCCAAUAGCCUUUCAUGUCUUCCGGCUCAAUAUGAAAGUGAGCCGGAUUGCCAUCAUGCUGCCAUAUACGACUGCUAUAUUGACCCUGUACCUGGUUCCUCUGGGUUUGAAAUCCCCCUGCAUUAAAGACAGCAGGAAUCUGGGAUCAGCUCCAGCUUUAAUUGGACACAGGGGAGCACCAAUGCUUGCCCCGGAAAACACCUACAUGUCUUUUGAGAUGGCAUUGGCAGCUGGAGCAGAUGGUCUGGAGACUGAUGUCACUAUUAGUUAUGAUGGAGUUCCUUUUCUCAUGCAUGAUAAGAACCUGCGUAGGACGACUGAUGUGGAAGACGUGUUUCCUAACUGGACACACGUCUCCCCUGCGAUGUUUACAUGGAGAGAGCUGCAGAGUCUCAAUGCUGGAUCCUGGUUCUUUUCUCAAGACCCCUUCAGAACGGCCUCUUCUCUGAGCUCAAGUCAGCAUCUGCAGGCCAAGAAUCAGUCUGUAUGCACACUGAGGGCUUUCCUGGAUCUGGCUGCUCAACAUGGGAAACUUGUGCUCUUUGAUCUGUACCGGCCACCCCAAGGUCACCCUUACAGAGAUACAUGGAUAUCCCAAACCCUGGACGUCAUCCAAAAUCAGUCCUCCAUUCACUCCAGUCAGGUAUUGUGGCUGCCUCCAGAGCUCAGAGAUUUCGUACAAGAACUUGACCCUGAGUUACAGCAGAUAACACAUGAACAAGCACCUGUGGAGGAGCUUCAGUUGAGACGCAUAGCCAGACUCAACAUCCACUACAGCUCCAUGUCAGAGACAGAAAUCAGGAAAUACGCCGCUGCAAACAUCAGCACUAACCUGUACGUGGUCAGCGAGCCGUGGCUGUAUUCUCUUGCCUGGUGUUCAGGAGCUCAUUCUGUCGCAACUAAUGCUGUUCACAUCCUCAAGAAACUGCAAAGGCCGCUCUUUCUCAUGACGCCGGACGAGUACAGGCUCAUGUGGACUCUGACUGACAUUGCUUCCCUUAUUCUAAUCAUGAUGAUCUUUAUGUUUCAUUGGUGGAGGGAGGGAGUUUUGGCUAUCAGUGUGAACAACAGUUCAGAACUUGAAACAGGCUCCUACAGACAGUUCAGGACAGAGCUGAACGAUGUGUGGUUUUUAUCCAACAUGAGCGCCUCUGAGAAGCAGGAACUGUCUCUCUGAAGUGCCAGAUGUUCAUAUCUAACCUGCAUGUUUAACAAAUCUCUAACUGACGUUCAGUUAAACUGCUGUAAACCACAGUUCAAGUGGUGCCCUAAAGCUACUGUUAUUUUUAUAACCUGUGCUUUUGUUCUAUGAGCUGCCUCACGCCAUAAAUGCUCAAUUCUAGAGACUUUAUAUUGUCAUUUCUCCAGUCUCAGGUUUCAUCAGUGCUGCAUUAAAGGUUUCCAUUUCAGGCAUGAA